AUGACACUAAAAGAGACAAAUCAUAGCAUGGACUCUGAGCAACGUCCAGUUGCAGAGAAACACCUUCUCAACACUACAAUUAAAAAUUUCACAUGGCGCGACGUCACGGUAACUGUCAAAGAUCGAGAAACAAAGCAGCCAAAAGCCAUUGUUGAUAAUGUUCAAGGCAUCGUUGAAGCAGGCGAGAUCUGUGCCCUCAUGGGACCUUCUGGCUGUGGCAAGACGACACUGCUUAAUGUACUAGCACGCCGUCCAACAAACGCAAGCAAUGUUGAAUCUCAGGUUUAUGUCAACGGGAAUCAUCUGUCUCUCACUGAGUUUCGAGAAGUGUCGUGCUUUGUUGAGCAGGAGGAUGCUCUUAUUGGAUCGUUGACUGUUCGAGAAACACUCGAGUUCUCUUCACGACUCGCUAGUUCAAGUUCUCUUUCCAAGAAAGAGCGUGUUUUUCGUAUAAACAAUCUUCUCGAGUCUUUCGGUCUGGUCGAGCAAGCCAAUACUCUCAUCGGCACCCCUAUUCGCAAGGGCAUAUCAGGCGGCCAGAAGCGCCGUGUAGGCGUUGCAAGCCAAUUGAUUACCAGUCCAAAGCUUCUCUUCCUUGACGAACCUACAAGUGGUCUCGACUCUGCUGCCAGUCUAGAGGUAGUCAAGUACUUGCGCACAGUAGCGAGACGCAACAAUCUUAUCGUCAUCUGCUCUAUUCAUCAACCUUCCACAUCGACCUUUAAUCUCUUCGAUAAGCUCCUCUUACUAUCGGGUGGAAAGACACAUUACUUUGGCCCUGUGAGCAGUGUCGCUGCUUAUUAUGCCCAAGUCGGGGCUCCACUGCCUCAAUAUGUCAACCCAGCUGAGCAUCUUCUUGAGUUGGUUAAUAUCGAUUUCGCUCAGGAUAGGGAUGAAGCCUCGCGCAAUCUUGGGACGUUACAGACUGCGUGGGCUACUUCGCAUCAAGCGAUUGAAGUCCACAAUGCGAUCAAGACUGCGGAGUCUUCGGGUGAUGAUUGGACUGUUGAAACGAUCGAGAAGAGACCUAGCAUGCCCAGUCUUACUUUGACCCUACUGCAUCGAAGCUUCAUUAAGAGCUAUCGAGACGUGGUUGCUUAUGGUAUUCGCUUGGCCAUGUAUCUGGGCCUGGCAAUCAUGAUGGGUACUGUCUGGGUAAGACUUGAUCCUGAACAGGAGUCUAUCCAACCAUUCAUCAACGCCAUCUUCUUUGGCUCAGCGUUCAUGAGUUUCAUGGCCGUAGCAUAUGUCCCUGCAUUCAUCGAAGAUCGACUCCAGUACGUCAAGGAGCAUCACAACGGACUGUACGGUGCUACAGAGCUAAUCGUGUCCAACUUCUUCAUCGGCAUACCGUACCUCUUCCUUAUAUCGAUCCUCUUCUCCGUCAUCUCGUACUGGUUAUCCAACUUCCAACCCACGGCAACAGCAUUCUUCACAUGGGUAAUGUGGUUAUUCUUGGAUCUGCUCGCAGCCGAGUCACUGGUAGUCUUCAUGACAGCGUUGUUUCCCAGCUUUGUCAUCUCCCUCGCGCUGGUGGCCUUCGCAAACGGUUUAUGGAUGUCUGUCGGCGGAUUCAUGGUUCCUCCAACGAUUCUCAAUGUCUUCUACAAAUAUGUCUUCCACUAUUGGGAUUACCAAAAGUAUGUGUUUGAAGGCAUGAUGGUGAAUGAGUUUGCACACCGGGUGUAUAGUUGCGGUGAUGGAUGUCAGUGCAUGUAUAAAUCUGACCUGGCGGACCAGUGCAAGAUGGCUGGACAGGCUGUGCUGGAUCAGUAUGGAUAUUCUACCGGACAUAUGGGACGAGAUGUGGGCAUCAUGAUUUCUAUCAUUGCCGGAUACAGACUUGCUGCGUGGCUGGUCCUCAUUUUGAGGCGAUGA